AUUGCUUGUCACUCCCCCAGGGGCCCCACAGCCAUGAAGAGCAGCGCCAAAGAAAGAAGUUUAGAAAAAAUGUCUCUAGAACAAACAGCUUGUGAAGAUCUGAAGGCGUUUGAGCGUCGGCUGACAGAGGUAAUCGCCAGACUACAGCCGGCCACCACACGAUGGAGAAUUUUGCUGGUGAUUGUAGCGGCAGGUACAGCGUUUGGUGCGUACAUGUGGCUCACUGACCCCAAGACUCAGGACGCCACCUUCAUCCAGUCUCUCCUCAAUCACCUCUUCUUCACUGUUGCAGCCUCUGCACUAAUCAUCCUGUUCAUAAUGGGCAUCCACAAGAAAGUUGUGUCGCCCUCCAUAAUCACCUCCCGGACCCGAGCGGUGCUAGUCGACUUCAACAUGUCUUGUGACGACACUGGCAAGCUUAUCUUGAAGCCUCGACCCACCACCACCUGAAGCUAGGCAGCCCAUCCCACCUCCUCCCCUCUGUACUAGUUGUUAUUGUAUUGUUGUUCUUGUUGAAUUGAUUAGGGUGUGUCCUCUGUGUUCAUUGUUUCUUUUCCACAUGUUGGAAGUCCUGUUAUAUUGAUCAUUACCGGUUCCUGUCAGAUUCCUUAGUGAGCUCAGUUCUCAGUUGGUCGUCUUGUGAGUCCCUGUUCCUUUGUAGUUUUGCUUGGUAUAUUUCACAACCAAUUUCUUUCCUUCAAGCUUCUCAUCUGAAGGAAUCUUUUCAUUGUUAGGUAGUAGUUAAAAAGCUGUGAUCCCAUCCAGGUAACUGAGAGAAAUAAUAUAUUCUUUUUCAUUUUGCUAAUCAACUUUUUUUACUCUGCAUUUUUAUGAAAGAACUUGAAGUUGAAUAUCAAAAGUUAGUCAGUGAGUGAGAGUUAGUCAGUGACGGUAGGGCAUAUUUUUAGUUUCUGGGCUGGAGUACUUUUGUGUAAUUGCUAAUCUGUUAUAUGAACUUAAAAUAAAAAAAACAUUGAAAAAUGAAAAAAAAAAAUCAGUAAAGUCAGUUAAGUGAGGCCUAAAGAAAUUUGUUUGAUCUGUGAAAGAAAAUCUGGGAGUUGGAGAUGUUAACCAGGCAGUUAAUGCUGUUGGAGCACCAAACAACUCUGCAGCAUCUGUUCAUGAUAGAAAUACUCUUUAUGCUGUAUUAAUUGUCACUAAUUAGAAAGAGUGAAUUAGGGGAGAAAAUUUUUUGUAGUUGCAUCCUACUAAUAUAUGCCUUUGUGGUGAAGUGGUUAGCAUGGUUAGCUACAAAUCUGUGGGCACGAGUUCAAAUCCUGGCCUGGGCAGUCAGCAUGCAGCUCACCCUGCUGUUCAUCCUCCCUUUUGGGUUGGUCAGUAAAUGGAUACCUAGGGAAGGUAAACUGUGGUAACCCAGAUGUCACACUUGAACCUUUGUUUCAGGUUAAUGGGUUCUUACCUACCACAAGCUCAAGGGCCAAUGUGAUUGAUAUAUGCAGUGAGGCCACGCGCAGCUAUAGCGUAUACCCCCAACUUUUCUUUUUUCUUUUCAUAUUUAUAAUUAUGACUCCAGUACUGACCUCUUCUUCAUGGCCUGUCUCCAUCCCUUUCAUACUAGCAAGUCGUUGUUUAUUAACUUAUAUUUACUACACCUCCCUUUGCAGGUAGAUUACACUGGGUCACAAAAAAAAAAAUUAAUAAUAAUAAUAAUUGCAAGUUGUCUUAAGUUUCUUCAACUGAUUUAGGACAAAUUUGCACCGCUGAAUCUGAAAAUGACACCCGUUUCUCUCAAUCAGGUCAGGUUUUUGUGCUUAGUCAAUUUUUUAAAGUCUUAUCUAAUAACUAAAUUGAUUACAUGUGACAUUUUCAGUUGAUUUUUGUCUUUCUCAUUUGAAAUAGUUGUAUAAGAAAAAGUUUUCUAACACAAUUCAUAAAUUAAAUGUUACAAAAAUUGAUAAGUAUACUGUGAAUAGUAGACAUUGAUAAAGGUGAGUACAUGUAAAUUGGAUAUUAGGUCAUCAUUGUUCAAACCUGGUCACACAAAAAAUACCAAUUAGUAAAAAAAUGGCACAUGUAAACUCUUCAGAAUUCGUUUAUUCAAAGAAAUAAAGAAUUUUGCUUCGUAUAUAGAAAAUAUGUAAAAAAAAUGAAAUAAAAAAAUUAAUAAAUAAAAAUAACAGCAUGUGGCCAUAGAUAAAAAAGUUGACCUGAUUGAGCAAAACCAAUGAGAUUUUCUGGAUUCAGCACAUCAAAAUUGUCCUAAAUCAGCUAAAAAAAAAUUAAGACGAUAAAUUUGUUGUUGGCCAGUGUUAUCAAUUCCUCCUAUUAUGGCGACCAACCAUUGCAGUUUAAUGCUGUGGGCUGAAGUGAUUUUGACUUGUAAAUAUCUGUGUGAGCUUUCCUCAAUUGUUAGCUUAGUUACAAGAGAUAGAAACGUAUACAUAGAUACUUUUAAUUUAUAGACAUACGGAUUCUUUCUUUGCAGUCAGAUUCUGGUCAUUCUACAAUAAACUAUUUGUUUGUAA